AUGGCAUCCUCAUCGUCCAACGUCGUCGGGGUGCACUAUCGCGUCGGCAAGAAGAUAGGGGAGGGUUCAUUUGGCGUUAUUUUCGAAGGCACCAACCUGCUCAACAACCAGCAGGUCGCUAUCAAAUUCGAACCUAGAAAAAGCGAUGCCCCUCAGCUGCGCGAUGAGUACAGGACAUACAAGAUCUUGGUCGGUUGCCCUGGCAUCCCCAAUGUCUAUUAUUUUGGGCAGGAAGGUCUGCACAACAUCUUGGUGAUUGAUCUCCUUGGUCCCAGUCUGGAAGACCUUUUCGAUCACUGCAACAGACGGUUCUCAAUCAAAACAGUUGUUAUGGUUGCCAAGCAGAUGCUUUCCAGGGUGCAGACCAUCCAUGAGAAAAACCUCAUCUACCGUGACAUCAAGCCUGACAACUUCCUCAUUGGCCGACCUAACACGAAAGCUGCCAACGUCAUUCACGUAGUGGACUUUGGCAUGGCCAAACAAUACCGUGAUCCCAAGACAAAGCAACACAUUCCUUAUCGCGAGCGAAAAUCAUUAUCUGGUACAGCCCGUUAUAUGAGUAUCAACACACAUCUGGGACGAGAACAGUCGCGAAGAGACGACUUGGAGGCCCUAGGCCAUGUUUUCAUGUACUUUCUGAGAGGGGGCCUUCCAUGGCAGGGCCUCAAGGCCGCGACCAACAAGCAGAAAUACGAAAAGAUUGGCGAGAAGAAACAGACAACUGCCAUUAAAGAUCUGUGUGAAGGCUUCCCUGAGGAGUUUAACAAAUAUCUCAGCUACGUUCGGAAUCUUGGAUUUGAAGACACCCCGGACUACGAUUUCCUGCGAGAUCUGUUCACUCAGGCGCUGAAAAAUACCGGCGAGGUUGAAGAUGGCGAGUAUGACUGGAUGAAGUUGAACGGCGGCCGCGGCUGGGAAGCUGUCAAGCAGCAUCCAUCUCAACUUCAUCUGCACAAUACCAAUCCUCCAGCUGAAGCAUCUGCUCGCGCUCUGCAUGGGGCCUCUGCCGUGCAAGGUAGAGAUGGGACACGAACUCCACGGGAGCGAGCAGGAAUAUCGGCGGAUCGUUUAAACGCAGCGCAGCCCCCGCCCCCAGGCUCACCCGCAAAACCCGGAGUGGCAGCCAUGGGGAAGAGCGCUCGAGAUCGCACAAGCGGCGUCGCCGGGGGCAAUCUCCCGAAGAGAGGUAGUGGUUUAGCCGGGCAACUCGACAUGAACACUCCUCCAGCAAGCACCCAAGCUCAAUUCCAGAACAGCAAUGCCAAUCUGGUGAAUCAGCAAGCGAGAACGAGUCCCGCGACUGGAGCCCUGCAGGGCAGCCAAGGGCGUCCAGCGCCGCAACAGGAGCAGCAGAACCAAGGUUUCAUGCAAAAGAUCAUGAAGGUGCUAUGCUGCGGGAUACCAUCCCGUGGUACGCAUACAUGCCAGGCGCCCAAGUCGCAACUUCUGCAAUGA